AUGCCCCGUCGAGCAAAGGGCGCGAAGCAGAGCUCGGCAAGUCCAGCUGGGGCCGAGCAGUUGACGCUAGGCUUCGAAUCUUCGGUGGCCAUCUUGGCUCAAGCUCGCCUCAUUAUUUGCCGUCGCCCUCGGCGGCAGAGGAUCUGCUUGGGCAGCAUGGAGGGCCUGCCGGGGUACGACGCGUGCGUUGUGAACAAGACCUUUCUGGAGCCCGCCCCGGGGCCGCCGGAUCCUGGCCAGCUGAUGCGGUCACAGACGGCACCGCCCCACUUUGCCCCGGUGCCCGUGACCAGCAUCUCGCUCUACUACGACGACCCCGACGCGGUGGCCAGCGAGAAGGACCCCGACGACGCCGACGAUGCCGACGACGCCGACGACUCGGACGGCCCCGCUCCCCCGCCUCCCGCCCCGGCAGAGCUCGAGAGGCUAAAGACCGGCUACAGGGUCUUCGACGAGCCGCCAGAGCACUGGCAGUGGGACUGCAGGGGGGCCCGCCAGGGCCAGGGAGGGGCGCCAAGUCGGGUGGUGCAGAUGGUGCCGGUGUAUGCCGCCCCAGCGGCGGUCCUCGUGCAGCCCGCGCACGCCGCGGCGAGCCCCUCCGAGCAGCAGGGCGUCGCGCAGGACGCGCUGAGCGGAGCAGAGCUGCCGCUGGCGCCGCCGGGGGAAGGAGGCGGGCCCCCGAUGCCUCAGACGCUGCAGAGGAGCACCAGCGUCUCCACCAGGGCUGCGCGCAUAGAGUGGACGGUGGACGCCCGCAAGCUCCGCGGCAACGACAAGUCGGCGGUAUCGCCGCCCUUCGAGCUGACCUGCGGGGGCAGGACGCUCCCGUUCAGGAUGAUGAUAUCCCGCUGCCAGGUCAACGACCAGAAGGGCGGCGCCUCGUUCAAGAAAUCCAGGGGGAAGGGCACCGUCACGGUCAAGUGCGAGGCGGACCUGACGCAGCUCACCACGCCUCUGCAGUUCCGGAUAUACGUUGGAGCAGGGGCCAACAGACAGACUCCGAGGGGCCCCGUCGAGCACGACUUCUCGGCGAGCGCAGUCUGUACGCUGCCAAAGGAUGUCGAAGAAUGGGAUUUCUCAGAAGCGAGGGACGCCGUCUCGUCGACGUUCGUGGUUGGCCUUGAGGUGCUCAUGCAGUGA